GCUUCAACGGAAAAGGGGGGGGUCGUUUUCAUUCUUUCCCUCCCCUCCCCCGCCUCCUCCUGCCUCGCUUUUUCGACAGGUAGCAGCAGAUCUACUUCGCUAAGCGAGACAGCCGCGCAGAGGGAAGGACGGCCCCAUUCGCUAUAGCUCGAGACCCCCACCCCACCCCGCUUCCUGGCCUCCCACCACCCCAAAGCCGCAUCGCAGCCCAACAAUCCUGCGAGGUUGGCCUGCCUGUGAUUCAGGCAACGCUUCUACCCAGACAUGGAAUCGGCCCAAAGGAUCCAGACGGCUGCCAGGAAAGAAAAUAUACCCCCGGCUUUAAAUUGCUAUGGGGCCCCAAAAGAGCAAAGGAAGAUCCAGAAGAACAUCAACAUUCAUCUACUCCUGUCCUCGGGAAGCCAUCUUGGAGAGCUCUGGACCCAGACGAGUUCCAGCAUCCAUGGCUCAAAUCUUCUGGGAGAAAACAUCGAAAGAGGUUUACGAGUCCCGUCGGGAAGGAGACAGACCAGCGGCCUGUUCCAGACCAAUCUCUUUUGCCCUCCCGGGGGUCUCGCCAAAGCCUCCUUGGUCCAGCAGCAAACCAACCUGGAGAAGAGAAGAAGAUGGGAAGGUGGGACGUUAAAAAGGACCCCUCGGAGGGGCUUCCCAGAGAGGCCCCGCGACAUUCCCAGGAAUUCAUCCGGAAUGAAAAAUAGAGAACAAUAUUUGCUGAAAGGACCACGGGAGCUCUUCACUGGGUCAAGAAGAAGCUAUGAAGACCUCAAGGCCAAGAGAAAAUCGUCCUCGCCCAGCCAAUUCUCGUUGGAUCCAUCUCUUCAUUCACUUCGGAUGAUCUUCAGUGGCAUCAGUGACUCCUCACCUCCAGGACCGGCCCUUACUUUGGACAGUCUGGUUGAUGGUCAUUCUUCUCCUGAGGGAUCUCGGACUUUCAUAAGGUCUUCUCAAAGCUCUGCCGAUCGGUGCUGGUCCCUCCAUGGGCUUAAGAAGAAAAGGUCUUCCUUCUCUUGUGAAUCCUGGUCACCUUCUUGGGUUCCUCAGCCAGCAUGCGAGCCACAGAGCUCAACCUUGGCUAUGCGAAAGGCCCAGUCUUCAGUGGAACGAAACUCCUCUGGGCAACUGAGAAGUAAAUGGCCAACCAUGCUUAGUUCCAUCUUGUUGACAUGUCAGGAAGACGACUCCAGUUGUCUGAGGAGCAGUUCAGGAACGCCACCGACUACAAACAAAAUGGAUGAGUUGCGGGACCAGGGCUACCUGAGGACACUUGGCCCAGAAGAACGUCCUUCUGGAACUUUCUGUGGCUCAGAGUUGUAUCUCAAGAACCUUCCGCCGGAUGUCUUCUCCCUCAGGAGUUUGGAGAGCUCCCUCAAGACGUUGUGUGCGGAGUCUUCUCCGAGGAGAAGGUUGUCCAUGGAUGACACCCACGAAGAGGAGCCACCAACUCUUGAUCCUUCUGGAGUCCCGGAGGUCCCGUUAGGUCACCCCUUUGAGAAGAACGUUGGGGAUUUUGCCACCCGUGAAGUUGGAGAUAAGCAUGGAGAAGCUGGUGGAGACCCCACCAUCACCUCCUCUGUUGAUGAGGCCAGUCUGUUGACAGCCCUUCAAAAGGUUCCUCUCUUUGAGGAAACCAUCUGGAAGGGUCCCAGAAAAGGAUCCCGGCCCAUCAACACAACUGUCUGGCCACGACACCUUCAGAAAGAUGGAGGUCCCCUCCGAGGAUAUUUUGUCCCACUGGAAAUUAAGAAAUUGGACAAUGUUUUCAAAAGAUGGCGUUCCCGCUGGGAGAAAAGGCAGCAGAUUCGUCUGCUGGUGUUUCGAAUCCAGACCAGGCUGAUCGAGCGGUGCUUCAAAGCCUGGCAGAGUUUGGCCCAACAGAAACGGCACAGCCAGGUGGCCAUGGAGCACCUUUGGGCCCAAUCCUUGAGGGCCUCUUUCCAGCAGUGGUGCCUAAUGGUGGAAGCCAGGAGAAACGCCAAGAUGGCGGUGAUUGAGCUGCUGGGGACCAAGCGGCCGAGCUCCUGCGGGCCCCGGAGGGACCCCGACAGAAGACCGUGGCCCCCAAAGUACGUAGAAAAUACUUUGGAUUCUCUUUUCCACCUGAGGACGUUGCAGGAAGCGUUUCUGACUUGGGAGGCAAGAUGCCGGGAAGCGCAGCGGGCUGGGGCUUUUCGUCAUAGUUUGACCCUGCGGCAGCUGCGGGAGGCUCUUGGGCGAUGGCGCCGGAGGACCCGCGGUCUCAAUCCUCUCGGGCUCACUGAGGGCUCUCUCCUUGCGUCGGCGGAUUUGCAAGAAUCUUCCUCCUCUUCCGCCUUGCCUACCGCCUGUCAGGCAGUCCAACCGGUAGAGCCCAGCCUCAUCGGCCUGACUUCCUUGGGGACUGUUGAAGAACCCAGCGGCCGUCCUGCUCCCGCCUCUCAUUGUCCGAACUGCAGUUAUGACUGUGAAAAUCCUACCCAUGUCGCUAAGCGGGCCUCUCCUCUUCGGCUUGAUUGGCAGGCAGCCAGCAAAUAUGGACGGCUGUGGAAACGCAUCGUCCAGCUGCAUCGCUUCCAGGGCGUGUGGGAGGCGCAUCAGCUGGCAAAGGCCUGGCUUCUUUGGAGAGAUGCCUGCAGGACCGAGCUGGUGGUACAAACCCUGAGAUGGCGGAGAGAGGCGCGGUGGAGCUGGAAGAUAUGGAGACGGCGCUGGUUGCAACUCCAAGUGGCCCAGCGUUUCCACAAAGCUGAAGAGGAACAGUUGCUCAAAACAGCUUUCGGAAAGUGGCGCCGGCUGGCGGCCAUCUCUCGUGUCCAGAACAGAUAAAACAUCCGGCUUGGGUUGGCUCCCUUUGGUAAACAGCUGCAGGAGGGACAAGCAGCCUCUCAGAAAACGUGGACUUUGCAAUGGAAAACUUAUGUCUACGCAUUUUGGAGCGGUGUGUGUUUGUGUGUGUGAGACGGAGGGAAAAAAAUUGAGCCAUGCCGAGGAUUAACCAAUCUUGUUUAUUUUGAGGUAAUAAUUAAAAGAUUCAAGCGCG